GUGUGAAGGCUGGCGUCCACUAAGGUGACCGUAGCGGCCUGGGCAGCCCAUCCACAUGAUCACAUGACUCUGGACAUGGACGCCGUCCUGUCGGACUUCGUCAGGUCCACUGGGGCGGAGCCUGGGCUGGCCAGAGAUCUGCUGGAAGGUAAGAACUGGGACCUAAGCGCUGCUCUCAGUGACUAUGAGCAGCUAAGACAAGUACACACUGUCAACCUGCCCACUGUGUUCAACGAGGGCCGUUACUACCGGCAACCGGACCACGACACCCCCCAGCACCUCAGCAAGGUGGAGCGGCCCGGUGUCCAGAGACAGGAGGACAACAUGCAAGAGAAGCGCCUGUCUCGGGGCAUCUCCCAUGCCAGCUCUGCCAUCGUGUCGUUGGCACGGUUCCACGUGGCCAGUGAGUGUAUCAGUGAGCAGUUCCCUCUGGAGAUGCCUAUCUCCACCUUCCAGCUGCCUGACCUCAGCGUCUACAGUGAAGACUUCAGGACCUUUAUAGAGAAGGACCUCAUCGAACAGUCUACCAUGAUGGCCCUGGAACAGGCUGGUCGUCUGAACUGGUGGGCCACUAUGUGUACCAGUUGUAAGCGUCUUCUUCCUCUGGCCACCACGGGGGACGGCAACUGUCUGCUACAUGCUGCUUCUUUAGGGAUGUGGGGCUUCCACGACAGAGACCUGGUGCUGAGGAAGUCUCUGUAUGGCAUGAUGAAGAGUGGAGCGGAGAGAGAGGCUCUGAAGAGGAGGUGGCGGUGGCAGCAGACACAACAGAACAAAGAGUCAGGGCUGGUGUACACGGAGGAGGAAUGGGAGAGAGAAUGGAACGAGCUGCUGAAACUAGCUUCUAGUGAACCGCGUACACACAGCAGCAAGAACAACAACAAUACAGUAGGGGUGGAUAACUCAGAGGACCCUGUGUAUGAGAGUCUGGAGGAGUUUCAUGUGUUUGUCCUGGCUCACGUGCUGCGUCGACCAAUCAUAGUGGUGGCUGACACCAUGCUACGGGACUCAGGGGGAGAGGCAUUUGCCCCCAUCCCGUUUGGAGGGCUGUACCUGCCCCUGGAGGUGCCUCCUAACCUGUGCCACUGCUCCCCCCUGGUCCUAGCUUACGACCAGGCACACUUCUCUGCCCUGGUGUCCAUGGAGCAGAAGGACCAGCACCAAGAACAAGCUGUGAUCCCGCUGACCGACUCAGAACACAAGCUGCUAUCUCUCCACUUCGCUACGGACCCUGGGAAGGACUGGGAGUGGAGCCGAGACCACAACGACAACAUCAAGCUAGCCAAUUUAAUCCUGUCUCUGGAAGCCAAACUGAACCUGCUGCAUAACUACAUGAACGUAACAUGGAUCAGGAUACCAUCUGAGACCAGGGCUCCCCUGGCCCAGCCGGAGUCUCCCACGGCGUCCCACGGGGGCGAUGACGUCCAGUCUCUAGCCGACUCCAUGGACUCCGACCGCGACUCCGUCUGCAGCAACUCCAACGUCAACAACGGCAAGGUCUCCGCGAAGGACAAGGAUCCCAAGGAGAAGACGGAGAGGCAGCAACAGCGUAAAGACAAGGACAAGACCAGGACGGACUCUGUGGCCAACAAGCUAGGCAGCUUCAGCAAAACCCUGGGUAUCAAGCUGAAGAAGAACAUGGGAGGUCUGGGAGGGCUGGUCCACGGAAAGAUCAACCGCUCCAACUCUGGAGGCAACGGCCGGAACAACGGAGGAGUGGGGGGGCGGCAACGGAGGAGGGGGGGGUGGCGGCAACGGAGGAGGGACAGAUAAUAACGUAGAGAAGAAGAAGGAGAAAAAGGAAGGAAAAGCCCGGAAGGAUGGAGGAGGAGGAGAGAAGGAGGGCCAGUCUGCGAGUACGUCG